AUGCAAAUGGCAAUUUUGUUAAGAGGUGGAGCACUUGGAGAUUCUAGCUUUCGUUUGUGUUCAUUACCAUCAACUUCGUAUGUCUCUCAGAAUGUUGCCAUACCCACCUCAUCAUCAUCAUCAUCACCACCUUCACUACCUUUGAUUGCAAUUAAAUAUAAAUCGGCCAGCAGACACAGAAUCACCUGCUCUGCUGUUCAAGAAUCAUCUCCUAGCACAGCAGCCACUGCUGAAACAAAGGAGGAGGUAAAGGAAACUCCAAAAGCUGCACCAGCAAAAAUACCUCCAGCUAAAGCCCAAGUUAAGCCUCUACCUCAGAUGAUGGAGGAUGAUGUGAUCCCUUCAUUGAAAGCAAUAUUCGAAGCCCAAGAAGAUUUCUCCAAUAUUGAGCUUGUCUUUAAGGACAACAAGAGGUUGAAGCAGAAGAAGAAGGAUUUGGUAAAGAAUCAAGUUCUGCGAAUUGGCUUUGAUGAUUACGAACCUCACGAUCCAUGCGAGAACGAAAGAGAAUGUUCAAAACCCCAUGGGAAUGCUCAACAUAUGCAGAUGCGAUCCCAAAAUAUAGUACAUCCUGAAGCACUUACAGAACUCAUUUCACCGGAGUUGAGAUCUAACCCUCAACCUGCCAAAGACAAUAAAAGUUUUUUCAAUGCACACUUAGUUAAAUGUGAGUGA